CUCCCCCUUGUUUCCGGGGCUCCACUCUGCGUUGUCUGACGUUUUCGGUCUGCCCUGAGACAGACUGGAGAGAAUGGCUGCCAGUGCAGAGGUAGGGAAGCUGUUACAAGUUCAAAAUGGGACACCUCCAAGCACCAACUACAAUGGAGUAGACGCCGUUCACGCCUGCAACAUACUUCAGCAGCUCAAGGCCUUGUACGAUGAAGCGCAGCUAACAGACAUUGUCGUAGAGGUGGACCAUGGCAAGACGUUCUCGUGCCACCGGAAUGUCCUUGCUGCCAUCAGCCCCUAUUUUAGGUCCAUGUUCACCAGUGGCCUUACAGAGAGCAGCCAGCGGGAGGUCAGGAUUGUUGGGGUGGAAUCAGAAUCUAUGCACCUCGUCUUAGACUAUGCCUAUACGUCCAGGGUCACGCUGUCUGAGUCCAAUGUCCAAGCCCUCUUCACCGCAGCCAGCAUUUUUCAGAUUCCCGCCCUCCAGGACCAAUGUGCCCAGUUUAUGAUCAGCAGGCUGGACCCCCAGAACUGUAUAGGGGUCUUUAUGUUCGCAGAUGCCUAUGGGCAUCAGGAGCUGAAGGAGCGCUCACAAGACUACAUUCGUAAAAAGUUCCUCUGUGUAUCACGAGAGCAAGAGUUCCUUCAAAUGACGAAGGAACAGAUGGUCAGCAUUUUGAACAAUGAUGACCUCAACGUGGAGAAAGAAGAGCAUGUUUAUGAGAGCAUAGUCCGCUGGCUGGAGCACGAUCUACCUGGCCGUGAGGCCCACCUUGCCGAGGUGUUUUCCCAGUGCAUUCGUCUGCCUUUGCUUGAUGACACCUUCCUCAGUCGGAUACCUGCACCGUUUGCUUGUGCCCUGUCCCUGUCUAAGGACCCGGUUGAGGCCAAAGCCCGCCUCACUGGCACCAAUGGUUGCCCCCAGCGUCUGGGAAUGACUGCUUCAGAGAUGGUUAUCUGCUUCGAUGCCGCUCAUAAACACUCAGGGAAGAAGCAGACGGUGCCUUGCCUGGACACAGCCACGGGGAGGGUGUUCAAACUGUGCAAACCGCCCAAUGAUCUCCGAGAGGUUGGUAUCCUGGUGUCCUCAGAAAAUGACAUCUACAUCGCGGGGGGCUACCGGCCAAGCAAUAGUGAGGUGUCCAUAGACCAUCGGGCAGAGAGUGACUUCUGGCAGUAUGAACACGCAGGAAACCGAUGGCUACCACAUGCACCUUUAUUGAGAGCGAGGAUUGGCUGUCGACUGGUGCACUGCUGUGGGAAACUUUAUGCACUAGGUGGCAGAGUGUACGAAGGGGAUGGUCGAAACGCAUUAAAGUCAGUUGAGUGCUAUGAUGCCAGGGACAACUGCUGGACGGCAGUGUGUCCCAUGCCCAUGGCCAUGGAGUUUCACAGUGCUGUGGAGUACAGAGAUCGAAUCUAUGUCCUCCAAGGUGAAUAUUUCUUCUGCUUUGACCCUCGCAAGGACUAUUGGAGCCAUCUUUCCCCGAUGAGCGUCCCUCGAAGCCAGGGUCUUGCUGCCCUCUACAAGAACUGCAUUUACUACAUUGCGGGCAUCUGCAAGAAUCACCAGCGUACCUUCACUGUGGAGGUCUACGACAUUGAAAAGAACAGCUGGAGCCGUAAGAGAGAUCUGCCUUUUGACCAUGCCACGAGCCCAUACAUCAAGGCCAUGCUGCUGCAAGGCACACUACACCUGUUUGUACGGGCCACACAGGUCAUGGUGGAGGAGCAUGUGUUUCGCACCAGCCGCAAGAACUCCCUUUACCAGUAUGACGACGAGGCGGACUUAUGGACCAAAGUCUAUGAGACACCCGAUCGCCUCUGGGAUUUGGGCCGCCAUUUUGAAUGUGUGGUGGCCAAACUCUACCCACAGUGUCUACAGAGGGUGCUCUGAGGGAGCGCGGCUGGUUCUGUGAACCCAAUCUGAGAGGCAGAGGGAAUGGUGUGGUCCUGCCUGCCUUUGUGCCUGGUCUUACCUCGGGUUUGCACCACAAAGACCUUUUUUUUUGAUAAGUCAUAAGCCGAUCAAGACAGGGGUGCUUUUAAAGAUUGCAGUAUUUUUUUUCCAGACGGCACCGACUCCACACACUGAUGCUUGCCCUAGAAAACCGUACAAUGAAUCAUAAGUGCAAUUAUACAACUUUGCUUGCUUGUUUUUUGAGCCAUGCUGUUCUAAUUUGUUUUAGAGACAAAGGUAAGGAUCCUAAAAAGCAGGUUACAAGGAUGUGCUCUCUGGAGAUAUGGAUGCUACAUCUUAGCAUAAAGUAAAGAUCUAUAUAUACUUCUAUAAAUAGAAAUACUUAUACAAACUAUAUAUUCAUACGGGUAAGAUGAGUACCGUAGCUCAUUAUUAGUUUGCUGGCUGUGAGGUUUGUGCCCGUGCAAGUCAAAUAUGAAGCGCCUUUUAUAGGUGGCUUUUAUUUUGGACUGUCGUUCUUUCCAAUAGUGUCCCUGACGCUUGUAAAAUAUAAUGUCCAACGCUCUUCCGCCACAAGCGCCACUGUGUCCGAUACACUAUUUGUGGCUUCUGAGCUACUUUCACGUUGGCUUUUGAGAGUCCAGUUGCAUGGGUGGCUCACCCCACCCCACCCCACCCCACCUUUGAGUUGGCGUCCAUUUUAUGUCACAUGCGAAGACAAGUUUCACGUGUAAUGUUCAAAUACUCCCUCUCCACAUUGGAGAAAUGACAAUAGUGAAGUUUGUGUCAAUACUAAGUGUGAAGUUCCGACCAACUACCAGGCUUACCUCAGAGACUUCAAAGAUGUUCCAUUGGGAGGAGAACAAUAACAAGGACAUUUCAGGCCAUUUCGUGUUGGUGAAGCAACCGUGUGAACAGCUCAAUGGAGCAUUGGGCUCUGUGUAGGUUGCUUAGCGCGACGCUAACCAGUUCAAUCCACUUAAAUGCCAAAAAUGCAUUUGAGGUCUUGUAAUAGCUGAUCUGGAUGUUGAAAAGAAUUUUGUAGUAGCAAUAAUUCUUGGAGCUGUGAUUAGGCUAUGUGUCUUUAUAUGACUUUAGUGAAAGUGUGUUGAUUGUUUAGUGUGCUUGUGUCUGGUAGUGAAAUCACUUUAGCUCCAUUGGUGCAUGGGUGCAGGCUAAUUUAGGGCAGGUCGCUCAAGAUGCCAAUGUGCCUGUGGCUGCAAGAAGGGGCAUCUGACUCAAAGUGUUCCUCUUGAUGAACAAUAUCUGAAAAGUCUUAACUCGGCAUUGCACUGAAUCCCUCUCCACGUCACCAGUCCCGGACUGCCGUUGCAGUCGCUCUUCUGCAGCACCCUUCUGAGAAGUCCAGAAAUCCGUUUUUUCAUGCCACCAUUCAGAGGACUAACAGCUGGUGCCGGUGCUCCUUUCCUUUGUUUUGUGACAAUCUGGACAGAAGUACUACCAUGGCUACGUGGUGUUUUCUUGUCCGUCUGACAUUUUCAGUAGCGUCAGUUUCUUCACCCAAGUCCCCGUGUCAUCUUUGCACUACACGUCCCUUUCUAGCUCAAGAGUGGCCCCCAUUCUGAAAGAGGUUCAGUCCUAACACUCAUCCAAGAGAAUGACAUGAGAAGAAGUAGCCAUUUAUGGAAGAUUGGAGAAUUAAUACGAGCUUUCACUCAGAUUCAUAGUUCAUGUUUAGGCUUCAUCCAUACGUCUGCAGUUGGUGAAGCUGUAACAGAGAGCUCUCAGGAUUUCUACUGAAACACAGUACUGUAUUUUUAAUUGUUUUUGUUAUGUGUAAUAUACUGUACUAUAGGUUUGCUGUACUUGCACAGUUUUUAAACUUCACUUUCUUUUAUAACUUGAAUAAUAGGUGUUUUUGUGUUUGUCUGUAGUACCCUGUCCCUUUGUUCCGUUAUUUUCUGUUUAGUUAAGGUAGAUUAAUCCUGCUCUGCGAAGAUUACAUGUACGAGUGAUACAUUUGAAUGGUUUUCCCACUCUCGGACAGCGCUAGCUCACCAGAUAUAAGCAUUACACAUCAGCAGAGUACAUGCGAAACACCAGUCAGAACUACAGUAAAACAAGCUAGGGAAGUGUUGCCGUGGUCUUCGUGGCCCCAGGUUGCCAUGCAAAGCUCAUUUUUAUCAACUGUAUGCGUUUGGGUGCUAUUUCACUAUGUUCCUCCUGCUUUCCUUUCCUCCGCGUGGAGGGUUUGUCUCUUUGGGUAAUGGUUUCUAGUGGUGGUUGAGCUCAACUGUGAAAUUCACCUUGCACAU